UGUUGAUCGGAAGUUUCGAUAGCUAAUACUGAGCCAUGAUAGUCGGUGAAUGAAUUAUCACGACACCGAAUUCGUUGUUGCAUCCAAUGGACCAAGCCGUUGUUUUCCCUUUAAGGUCGAGGCUGUCAGACGGAGAGUUAUUAUGCCUGUCUGCCGCCAAGAAUGUGGAUCAAAGAUCCCGACGCAACCCCGCUUCUACUGUCACGGAAGAAUGACAGUUGUACAAAAAAUUGAAACGACUCUGUUGAGCUAUAAAUCACCUUUAUUCUUGUCCAGGCCAUAAAGGUGUACUACCGCCGUUGUCGCCGAUUAUCGUGACUGCGUUGGCUCUUCAUAAUUUCUCAGGUGCUACAUCAGACUCCGCUCUAACGACGCCGACUCCGCUGGCUGGAACCUACUCCGCAUUUUGUAUACAGGCAAUUUCCUUACAACAUGGUGUCUCUUCAAGCUGGUCACGAUACUAGACCUCCGGCCGAUGCAUACGAGCAUAUGAUAACUACGUUGUUGCCCAUGGACCCAGACCUUGAGAUCGAACAACAGACUAGUCAGACCUGGCAGAUACAGGACUGGAAGAAACUGGAAAAGAGAGUAUAUUGGCCAACCUUCGAAUGUGGUGGAUCAACAUGGCGAGUACUAAUGUAUCCGUCGGGAAACAAUGUGGAAUUCGUGUCGAUGUAUCUUGAAGCUGGGCCCAAAAUAGACAAAGAAGAAGACGAUUGGUAUGCCUGUGCCGAGUUUGCAAUAGUCCUGUGGAACCCGAGCCAGCCAUCGAAAUAUGUUUCAAAUGUUGCCAAGCACCGUUUCCACACGGCGGAAAAAGAUUGGGGGUUUACAAGAUUCUCACAACUGAAGAGUCUAUUUGGGGAGCCCGGGGGAGACCCCGAGUCGUUCCUCCUGCAGAACGGAGAAGCCAACAUUACGGCCUAUGUCCGCGUCUACAAGGACCCUACUGGGGUAUUGUGGGAAAAUUUCUUGAACUAUGACUCAAAGAAGGCGACUGGAAUGGUUGGCUUAAGAAACCAGGGCUCAACCGGCUAUCUCAAUGUGGUUUUGCAAGCGCUAUACUUCAUAACUGCCAUCCGCAAGGUUGUGUAUGAGAUACCAACACGGGAGGGUGCAACGACCGACGUGGCGUGGGCACUUCAGCGUCUGUUCUACUCUUUACAGACAAGUGAGACGUUUGCUACGACGAAAGAACUCACCAAUUCAUUUGGCUGGAGCCCAAUGAUGGUCUUUCAACAGCAAGAUGUUGUAGAGAUGCUUCAAAUACUAAUAUCUCAGCUCAUGACAAGGGCAGAAGGGACCCGAUCAGAAGACUUGCUGCUAGAUCUAUUCAUAGGCAGGCAACGGUUUUUAACAUCUAGCGCCAACGAUGACCGUGUGACUUCCCGAUCUGAAGAUCUUUAUAUUCUAUCAUUGAACAUCCAUGGCCAGCGGACUCUCCAAGAAAGCUUAGCAGAAUAUGUGAAAGUUGACACAUUUAAUGCAGGAGCGCAAGAUGGACCCCAAGAGAUGAAACGCGGCAUGAUUGUCGACAAGUUCCCACCCAUUCUUCAUCUCCAGUUAAAGCGAUUCCAGUACGAUAUCAGCGAAGAUGCCAUGGUAAAACUUGACGACUUCUUCGAGUUUCCAGACGAGAUAGACCUCAGUCCGUACCUUGCUGCCAAUGCCGACCGAUCGGAACCAUGGACAUAUGUUAUCUAUGGUGUUGUUGCACACAGUGGUGGAAUAGCCGGAGGGCAGUACAGUGCGUUCUUGCGACCGGCCAAAGAUGGCCAGUUUUACAAGUUUGAUGAUGAGAGGGUUACAAAAGCGACAUUGAAAGAGGCAAUCCACAAUAACUUCGGAACAGAAGAUGGACAGCCAUCUAAGAAGCCUACCGCAUACUUGCUGAUAUAUAUUCGGAAGUCGAGGUUAGGUGACCUGCUUGGAAAUUUCACAAAGGAUGACGUGCCACAACGUAUCAUGCAAGAACUGACCAUAGAAAGCGCGGAAAAGGCCCGUAAAGCAGAAGAAGAAGAAAAACGGCAGCUCUACGUGGAAAUCAGCCUCAUUUCAGAUGAGACAUUUCAACACCACCGCGGCCUCGACUUGUCGACCACCAUCUCAAGCCCAACUGACCUUGCUUCUCCCAAGGCGUAUAGUAUUCUUGGUGCCGCGACGCUUGCCGAGUUUAUCUUGAAGAUUGCCGCAGAGAAAGGAUUGAAGUCUAAGAAGAUCCGAUUCUGGUUGAUGGCGAACCGUCAAAAUAAGACGAUUAGGCCGCAGUACCCUCUCGAAAACCACACUGAGACUUUUGACCAGAUCAUAAAGAAACAGAAUAUCAACGAUCGUAAAAUUCGCUUGUAUGCCGAGGAAAUGGAACCGGAGAAAUCCAUUUGGCCUCUGAGAGAGGGUUUGAAUGGCGAAAUUUUACUAUUCCUGAAGCACUAUAAUCCACUGCAGGAACAGGUACUAGAAGAGCCGAUGAGAGGGGUCUGCCAUAUCUACGUCCGCAAGAAUGACAAAGCUAGCGAACUGUCUGCGCGCAUUAAUAGGAUAAUGAAUUGGCCGGCCGCGGUGCAAAUGAUACUAUUCGAGGAAAUAAAACCAGGGAUGACCACGAUGAUGGAUCCCUCUGAAACCUUCCAAGGCUUGGAACUUCAGGACGGGGAUAUCGUUCGGUUCCAGAGGACUACUGAGUCAUUGAUACUGUCUUCAUCACUGGCCGACAAUGUGGCUGAGAUCCGUAUUUAAGUACAGGCCGCUGCAUUUUACCGUUCGAUUAUUAUAUUUCAUAUAACACGGGUUUAAAUGUUAUGUAACCUCUAUAUACUACUCACUGAUUGAAGAUACACCGAAGCCGCUCUCAAUGCUACGCACCCUCUAAUUGACAAAAAGUCCC